AUGGAAUCUCAACCGCCACGACAGCCGCUCCAUCGGCCCUCGCACCCUCGUCUUCACAACAUCCUGCCUCCUCCACCGUCGCAUAUUCCGUCCCGAACUGCCAAUAGCACCCCGGUGUCCUCCCCGGGACUCUUCAGCCCGGCCCUGCCCCGCCCCAGCAUAGUCUCGUCGUCGCAGCCCGGCUCCGAGACGGCGACGCCGGGGGGUUCAAACGGCCACAGCCCUUAUUUGCAUCCGCUGCAUGGCCACAAGGUCCGAGAGACACACAAAGCAAAUGUCGAGCAUGACUACACGACCGGCAGGAAGCACAUCAAUAAUUACGAAAUCAUUGAGGAGCUUGGCCGCGGUGUUCAUGGCAAGGUCAAGCUUGCCAGAAAUGCCGAGAAUGGCGAAUUCGUCGCCAUCAAGAUCAUCCCACGCUUCUCCAAAAAACGGCGGCUUGGCAAGGUCAUGGCCAUGUCAACCCAGGAUAAGAGCAAGAAGGAGAUUGCCAUUCUUAAGAAGAUCCGCCACCCAAAUGUCGUCGCCUUGCUCGAGGUCAUCGAUGACCCUGAGCUGAAAAAGAUCUACAUGGUGUUGGAACACGUCGAGCUGGGUGAGGUCGUGUGGAGAAAGAAGGGACUUCCGCAUAUUUGCGAAUAUGAACGUCGCCGUAUCGAACGUGAGACACGGGGCGUGAAAGCGACGCCCGAAGAGGACCGAUUCGAGCGCCUUCUCUUGCAACGCCAGGCCGCUAAGGAUGCGCAGCGCGCGAGAUUGCGAGCCCGCGCUCAGCGGCCCUCGACCGACUACUGGAGCCUCGAGUACGGCGCUGCGGACGAUGAGGAGCUCGACUCGCACGUCGGUUCGCUCGGGAGGGACGAUACGGGUCUAUCGGCUAUCCGUCCGACUCUAUCGAACACCAGCUCUCUUGCAGGAUCAAGAGCGACCUCCCGGGCUCCAUCUCGGUCACAAUCAACCAAGUCCCUAACAAACCCCGCCGAUCCGAAUUCCCCGCUAGCCGCCGACAACGAUGACCUAGAGACACCCGGCGCUCUGCCUAUCAAAUCCAAGCCCGGCUCGUCCACCGUGCUAGAUGGGACCAUGUACGGCCCUUAUGUCGAGGAUCCUGCCUUACGGGGAAGAUCUCCCAGCAUGGCGGACUCGCUCAUGUCCCACUUGUCCUCGUUCGACUUCAACAAGGUCCACGAUCCGUAUGUCGACGACUUUUCGUACGUGCCCUGCUUUACCAUGGAGCAGGCAAGGAAUACCUUCCGAGAUACUGUCCUAGGCCUCGAGUACUUGCAUUACGAAGGUGUAGUCCAUCGGGACAUCAAGCCAGCGAACUUGCUCUGGACCAAGGAUAAGAGGUCUAAGAUCGCCGACUUUGGUGUCUCUUACUUUGGCCGGCCUGUUCGCGAAGGAGAGCCCGACGAUACCAUUUCCGAGUCCGAGGCACGGGACUUCGACAAUGAUCUCGAGCUUGCCAAGACGGUCGGCACACCCGCCUUCUUUGCUCCCGAACUUUGCGCUACCGACCUUUUCGACGCUCCUCCUGGGCAGCAGCCAAAGAUCACCGAGCAAAUCGACGUCUGGUCAUUGGGCGUCACGCUGUAUUGCCUGAUUUAUGCUCGUCUACCGUUCCUGGCCGAGGACGAGUGGCAGAUGUUCAAGAAGAUUGCAAAUGAGGAGGUAUACAUCCCGAACCGGCGGCUUCGGCCUGUCGACCCGGCCACCAAACCUAGCGAGAAGUCUCUCUACACUCGAGUGAACAAACCACCAUACCGUGAUGAUGACGAGCUCACCUACGAAGAUAUCGAGCCUGAUCUUCAAGACCUCUUAAAGAAGAUGCUCACUAAGAACCCCGAGAAGAGGAUUCGGCUGCGCGACGUGAAACGGCACCCCUGGGUUAUGCAUGGCGUGGAUAUCAUGUCGUGGAUUGACGACACGGACCCCUCGAGGAAGGCGUCGGGCAAGAAGAUCCAAGUUGAUGAGAAGGAUAUGGCCCGUGCCGUUGUCCCGUUGAGCUUGAUGGAGCGCGCAAGAUCCGUGGUUAAGAAAGCGGUGGGCAGGGUGAUGCACCCCCGUGGGGACCGUACAGAGAGCGUCUCAUCUCGCCGGCGCGCUGCUAGCAGCGCCGCUAGUUCGGCGGGCGACAUCACCAACCUAAUAACACCCCAUCUACGCGAUACCCGACGAAGAAGCCUACGCCCCGAUGAUUAUUUUUCCACCCCCCCUCAGCAAACGGGCGGGCAUCCCCUCACGCACAGCGUAUUAGCCAGCCCUGUGACUGGGUCACCUCCCGUCUCGUCUCCGCUACACCAGUCAUCGUCAGCCAAUAGCCGCGGGCCUCGCAAGCCGCUUGAGCUGCUCACAACGCUCACUGGGAGGGAAGACCACUGGACUCGGCAGGCAUCCGCCUCCCCGCAUCGAGCAUCGGCUCGACACGGGCAAUCCAAGUCUAUCACGAACGCUUUUUUAGCUCUCACGCCUACCCCAGUCGAAACGCAGACGCUCCCGCCCACACCUCUCUUCGACAGCCCUGUGGACGACCCGAGUAGUGCGCUCAGAAAAGCCCGGGAUAUCAAGUCAAACGCAGACGAUCUUGGUCGAGCCCGAUCGGUUGAUCGCGGCUUAUUUGUUAGCAAUGAUAAACGUGCCGAAGCUAGAGUGGCGCUGAGCACCGCUAUGGCCCCGGGAAAUGUGCACUUCAACCAGCAGCAUCGCUCUGUACGGUCGGUCGAGGUGACGGAAGGCCCCGAGCAUGCUUCCUCGGCCACAGUGUCUCCAUCGAUGGGCUCCCUCUCUGGAUACCCACGCGGCCAGUUCAAAUCAGACCCAAACAUGCACAACAAGCAGCGCGGGUUUGUGGUAUUGCAGGAGAGGCCGGUGACGGCUCAUCGUGCCGAGGCGGUGCAAAAGCCAUCGACUCCCGAGCCUGGAUUCACUCCAUGCCCGUCAUCCCCAGAUGACGACACAUUCCCGCCGAUGCCCCUGUCUAGGGGUGAGACUAUUGCGACGGGCAAAUCCUCGAGCUCGACGUCGAUGGGCGCGCUCACGACUCCAUUGACCAGCCCAAGCGAGUCGGCGAGCCCCAUCUACGGACUCAAUAACCAAAUGACCAAGGAGGUGGCCGACCGCAUGGUUGCGUUCCAGUCGGACCCGUCGCUGCCUGCUUUGCUCAGCAGCACCAGCUCCGUCUCGGCGGACCCAGAGGGCGAGUUCCUCGGCAACCCGGGAAUGGUGGCCCGGCCUUCGGUGAUUGACACCACCGAUUCGCUCACGCCGCCUGCGUUUGCAAAGGAGCCCAUGUCCGGAUUCCCGUUAGAAGCGCAGGACGAGGGGACCGUACCUGUGAAGUUUGACAGCUCUAGCGUCCGCACUCCAGUAGGCGGCAGGCUUCCUACGAGUCGGAGGGGCUCCCGGUGCCAUCACGACGAAGACGAUGACGACAACAACGAUAGCGACAGCGAUGAGGGAUUGACGAUGGCGAGACACAAGAAUAAAACCGAGCGAGCCUUCGGGUUUAGCUAUUGCCACGCCUCCCAAGGACACACAAGCGCAGACGCACGGGGUGGGAAGGCUUAUUGGGAAUGCGCGGCGGCGGAACACGAACGCCAGUGUGGGCAGCACCGAAACUGCGAAGAAGAUGUUUGUGGAUAG